AUGGCCGAACUGUCACGGAAGACCUCCGAAGCGGGUGGCCCUUCAGUGGUAGCCACCCCUGACGAUGUAGAGAAGACGACCGAUGUCAAGCCGGCACCGCUUGAACUUGUUGACGAAGCUGAGGAUAAUUUCCAGCCAAAGACUCUCAAGUUCUGGUCUGUUAUGGCUAGUAUAUAUAUUACUCUAUUCUUAGUAGCUCUUGAUCGGACCAUUAUUGGUACAGCGAUCCCCCGGAUAACACAAGAGUUCAAUAGUUUAGGGGAUAUCGGUUGGUAUGGCUCGGCGUAUCAGUUAACAACUGCGGCGUCUCAGCUUGUAUUCGGUAGAGUAUACAGGUUUUACGAUAUAAAAAAGGUCUUCUUAUUCGUUGUCGCCUUUUUCGAGAUCGGUUCCGUCAUUUGCGGCGUGGCUCCAAACUCGAUCGCAUUUAUUCUUGGACGCGCCAUCGCCGGUUUUGGCGCCGCAGGUAUAUUCACUGGUGUCUCCAUCAUCAUGCUUCCGCUAGUACCUCUCCGAAAGCGACCAAUGUUUCAAGGAAUCUUCGGGACUAUCUUCGGAAUCAGCUCGGUCAUGGGUCCUCUUAUAGGCGGUGCUUUCACUGAUCGCGUUACUUGGAGAUGGUGUUUCUAUAUCAAUCUUCCUAUCGGUGGUGUUGCAGUAUUAUGUCUUCUAGCUGUGAAACUUCCGACGAGACCACCAGAGCCAGCAAAAUUCUGGGAACAUUUCACUCGAUUGGAUCCUCUAGGAACAUUCUUCUUUGUCCCGAGCAUCGUUUGUCUCUUGCUCGCACUCCAAUGGGGCGGGUCUACGUAUGAAUGGAAUAGCUGGCGCAUCAUCCUUCUGUUCGUUCUUUUUGGCGUACUACUUAUUGCCUUCAUGGCAGUUCAGGUGCUGAUGCCAGAUACUGCAACUAUCCCCGUUAGAAUCAUUAGCCAACGUAGCGUUGCUGCCGCGGCUACUUUCAUGUUCUGCGUCGCUGCGUCGAUGAUGAUGAGUGUUUACUACCUACCGUUAUGGUUCCAAACUGUACAAGGCGUGAGUGCUGUGCAGUCCGGUAUUAACACGAUAGCCCUGGUUCUAAGUCUCGUCGUGGCCAGUAUCAUAUCUGGUAUCUUCACCCAAAAAGUCGGGUACUAUGUUCCCUCGAUGUUAGUCUGUCCUAUGAUCAUGGCUGUAGGGCAGGGCUUGAUGAGCACCUUUAAAGUUGACGAAGAUUCUCCUCACUGGAUUGGAUACCAGAUCAUCGUCGGUUUCGGGCUGGGCAUGGGAAUGCAAACAGCUGGCCUUUCUGCGCAGGCUGUGCUUCCCAAACCCGAUAUUCCGACUGGUAUCGCUCUCAUGUUCUUUUGCCAGCAAUUAGGCGGAGCCGUCUUCGUGUCUGUUGGGCAGAACCUUUUGAGCAGUUACAUUGUUGGACAUGUGACUGAUAUCCCCGGCCUUGAUCCUAAGGAAAUUACCAACGAAGGCGCCACAGAUCUUGUCAACAAGGUCCCGCCCGAGUAUAAACUCAGAGUAAAGGAACUUUACAACGGGGCCAUCUCAAGGAUAUUCCUAUGCGGUAUGGGUGUGGCACUUGUUGCCUUGGUAGCGGCUCUUUUUAUGGAAUGGAAAAAUAUCAAGAAGACUGGGCCGCAAGGUCCACCAGGAGCGAGGCCCUCUGAACCGAAAGAGAAUGACUCGACAUCUGCAGGUGAGGAACAGCGAAAAUCCACUUCACAGGAUGCCACAUCAAACGCGCUGCGACAAUCAAUUCAAUUAGACAAAGACAAGCGAAAAUCCAGCGAUUCAUAUCAUCCAUCUCAAACAUCGCCCGAUCCUAAAGCUGUUCCUGAGGGGCAAGUUAAAGUUGACCGCUUAGAAGAUUGA